UUUUGUGAGUAUGGAGGUCCAAGCUUGCGCGGCCUGCCGGUUCCAGCGGCGGCGAUGCAGCCCUGCGUGCCCGCUGGCAAAGUAUUUCCCAGCGAGCGAGAACCAGCGCUUCAUGAACUGCAAGAAGCUGUUUGGGGUGAGCAAUAUGCUCCGGCUGCUCAACCAGGUGUUGGUCAAGGAUCGAGACGAGACUAUGCAAUCGCUCAUGUUCGAGGCGGACGUUCGCGAGCAGGACCCCGUCCACGGCUGCAUGGGGAUCAUCUGCAUGCUGGAGCAGCAGCUGGACAAGCUGCGGCGAGAGUUAGCGGUGGUGAGAGAGCAGCUCCGCUUCUUCCAGGCCCAAGAACAGCAACAGCAACACAACCACAAUCACCAUCUUCGUCACCAGCAGCAGCAGCAGCAGCAAGAGGUUCCAGGAGUGAUCGAUCAUCACGGCCUGAUCAACCUGAUGAGCAGCACCAACGUUGAUGGUAGUGGCGGCGAGGAUUUUGGAAAUGGUGGUCACAGCAACGAUCAUCUCGGGGCCCGGCAUCACCAGCAGCAGCUUCUAGAUGACCGGCAGCAGCAGCAACUUGUGGUGCAGCAUUCGAGCUCUUCUUCCUCAGCGGCCGCCAGCUCCAGCACUGUGAUGAACGCUGCCACUGCCGCCGCGGCUGCUGCGAGCUUCCAUUAUUGUUUCAUCUGACUGUUCUUAGCAUUUGCUCCAUCGUCCCCAAAUUUCUACAAGAGCAUGUACGAGCAUUCAAGCUUGCAAGUUCAGUUUUUCUUCCCAGUUAAAUGCUGCCAGUGUGACGCUCCAGCCAAUCGAAGUAGAAGAAGAAAGGAAAAACUCGGCGGUUUUCAUCAGGAGAAAGCAUUCUCAUUUGGCCGCAGCUUUCUUGCUUUUAAUGCAACCAGAGACAAAUUCAGUA